AUGCCGAACUAUGAUGAAGAAGAACGCGAUCUAAGCUGGGAAAAGCCCAGCUGGGCCAAGAAUGGGCCGGCCCUACGUGCUACAGGACGAGCCGACCAGAUGAAAGGCGGUGACUUGGCAUCUCCAAUCACCAAUCUUCCCCACCAGAAGGAAGACGGACCCUUUGAGAAGCCAGAAUGGACUGGAACCGUAAGCCAAAAGGUGCAUCCAUCGCAGGACUUGGCCAAACCCAUCACCUCACUCCCCCAUGGAGGUGCAGGCUCAAGUUUGGCUUUUGAAAAGCCGAGCUGGACAAAGGAAUCGAAUGUCAAGAUUACAAAAAAAGGAGAAGCAAUGAAGUCCGGAAAGGAGAUUGCGCGGCCCAUCGGCGGCAUCAAACCUGUGGAAAGUUAA